GCAGGAUUAUAAAACUGGCGUAAUCCGGAGGAUUUUACAGUUUACGGUUUGAUUCGAUCGUCAAGAGAGAUCGAGGCGGUCGGAUUAUUCCAAGGACGGGGGAAGCUCACAGCAAGUAAGGAUGCUUUUCGCACGAGCGGUGACGUUCGUCGUCGCCGUCGUCGCUCUCGUCGGUGCCAACGAUUCCAAUGAAAAGAAAUGCGACGGGCCCAUCAUGUGGACCGGCGGCUCCUUCGAGUGGCCUUGCGUCACCACCAAGAGCAUGUUCAAGAAUAGCGGCCGUUACAUCUCCAAGAAUGUUCUUGCCACCAGGGUCGCGAUCUACAAGGACGACGCCAUCCUCGCUUUACCCAGGUACAAGCCUGGCGUGCCAGUGACAUUAGCGAAAGUCUCCUUGAAAGAUAAGACAGCUAGCUGCCAGGCCACUCUCCUGCCCUUCCCUUGCUGGUCGCUCCAGGAAGAAGGUACAUGCUCCGCGCUGCAAAAUGUCGUGGACCUCUUUCUGGAUCCCCAGGACAUCCUCUGGGUGCUGGACACUGGUGUCGUAAACUCCCUCGAGCAACCGGAGCGCAAAUGCCCGCCGAAGGUUGUCGCUCUCAACGUCAAAACCGGCAAGAUCGUGAAAAUCGUCGACCUGUCCGGUCUAACGAGCGCCACGUCCCGACUGCAGUACGUCAUAGCCGACUACAAUCCGGACGGUCGCGUCUUCAUCUACGUGUCCGACGCAGCCACGCGGGCGAUCCUGGUGUACGACGUGACCUCGGGUCGUGGAUACCGCGUGGUGCUCCCGCAGGCGGUGACCCUGAGCUGCGACCGCCGUGACGUGCUCUACCUCGCAUUGACACGCCACAACGACGGUAGCACCUGCCUGUUCUUCUCGUACUUGGGCAGCAGCCGUGUGUUCAGCAUCCGAACGGACUAUCUCCGGAGCGGCAAUGCCCACGGCAAGAUACAAGAUCGCGGGGCCAAGCCGAAGAGGAUGAUCAUCCUGGGCACGGACAACGGCAGCGCGAUCUUCUUCCGCUUCGAGGGCGAGGGCGAGGUUUACAGAUGGGACUCUGCCACUCCCUUCCAGCCUUGCAACUUCCAGCCCGUCUACAAGAACCGAUUCUGCGAGUGCAACCUGCCGACUCACAUCGUGCCCGAUUACAAGAGAGGACAGAUGCGCGUCCUCGAGAGCAACUUCCAGGAUUUCAUGCAAGGUACCGUCGGCUGCGGGGCCAAUCACAUGUUGAGCCUGAUGUAGAGCGAGGUGUUCUCGCUCUGCCGAUCGUCAAUAGAUCAGUGAGAAGGAACAGGAGCGUAGAUUGAUAACAGCGACAAGGUUUCCCGGCUCCUCGAGCACUCCGGCCGGGGGUCCAACUACCAAUUACAAUUCGAUGAGAUUACCUUUCCACGCUAUGGAUGCGGAAUAAUAUGUACCUUACGCCAAUAGUCGUGUCUCCCAUUGCCAUAAGUGUGUAUGUGUGUGUGUGUGUGUCUGUGUGUCUGUGUGUGUGUGUGUGUAUCUGUGUGUAUAUACGUGUGUCUGUAGCGUCGAAACUCGAACUCGCCAAAAUUACAUCGGCCGCAAUGCGCUCUUUUGCGGCCGACGGUGCAAAAAGUCCAACUGUAAGCAAAAUGUCAAUCGCUGACAUUCGUCGGAUGGAGAAAUAAACGUAUUAUAAAAA